UUUUAAGAAAAUAAAAACCCAGCUUUCUCUCUCAUUGUAACCUAUUUUUUUAAUUAUUUAUUUAUUUUUCCUGAUUUUUCCUACUUUUAGCUCGUCUUUUCUGAUAAUAUUCUUGAUUUUCGUGUCCAAUUCUGGGUUUUUAUUCUUUAAUUUUCCUGCUGCUUUUGUUAGCGUGGUUUGGUUAUGGAAUUUUCUUGGUUUAACAUCGUUUGAUUGUUUUGAACUUUAUAUUUAUGUAUAGAUGUUCUCUGGGUUUUACAGUAAAAGUGAUAUUGUUAUGCUAAAUUUGAUUAGGGUUGUGAUAUGUUAUGAAUUUUUAAUGAUUAUUAUGUUUUUUUCCAUAAGCUUUGUUAUAUGGAUUUAAGUAAUCAAGUUGUUCAUUGAUGAAGAUGGAAAGUAUUUAUUGUUUGUUGUGCAUUAAUUGCUUAGUUUGGUGGACUUUGGAUCUGAAUAUAAAGUAUGACGAGGUAGAAGUAGAAGUAGUAGUACUAGCUAGUUUAUAGUUUUGACAGGCCGAUCCGCAUAUCUUUUGGUAUCGAUUAUUUGGAUUGUUCUUGUAAAAUUAAUUUUUUUUUUAUUCUGAUCUUUUUUUUAGCACUUUUGAACCACAUCAAAAAAUGGGAUCUUCUCUGAAAUAUUGGUUUUUCAUGUACAUGUGUCAAAGCUAGUUUAUAUAUAUGUGUGUGUCUGUAUAUAUAUAAAUAUAUAUAUAUAUAUUUAUAUAAAUACGCGCGGCUCUUCUAAAAUAAAAAAGGAGAAAAUAAUCAGUGAUUAACAAGACCAAAACUGCACUUAUUUUCUUUUUUUUCUCCCUCUUUUAUGUUGUUACUGUGUGAUUAGUUAAAGUAUAUAUAGUUGAUUUGUUCGUAACUUGUCUUAUUAUAAGCGUUUUGACGUUAAUGGAUUUUAUUAAAUUUAUACCAUAUCAUAGCGUUAGAAUCUGAGUUUUAGUAUUAUGUUUUACUAAUCCCAUCUUUUUCUUUUUAUGUUUUGCCUUUUUGUCCAUCUGUUUAUAUAGAAACCAAGAUAAAGCAAAAACCAAAACUGUAGUGCUGCUUUAUUGGAUGGGCAUAUAAACGAGACUUUAUAUAAAGCUGAGCUGUUGCAACUAUUGCUCGAAGUGUCUAAACAAAUGGGGUCACACAUGAACUUCAAUGGCUUUGGGGAUGACCCAUUAGGUGGUAAUAAUGGUGGAGGUGGAAAGCCAAUAGGGAAUAAUAAUAUGUUGGCUAGGCAGUCUUCUGUGUACUCAUUGACCUUUGAUGAGUUUCAAAAUACCAUAGGUGGAUAUGGAAAAGAUUUUGGAUCAAUGAAUAUGGAUGAACUUUUGAAAAAUAUCUGGACUGCUGAAGAGACUCAGAUUUUGGCUUCUAGUGUUGGUAUGGGAGGAGAAGGAGGUGGUAGUAGUAGUGGUGGUGGUGUGACUACGAAUGGAAAUAUACAGAGACAAGGCUCAUUAACGUUGCCGCGAACUCUGAGUCAGAGGACAGUCGAUGAGGUGUGGAGAGACUUGUUUAAAGACAGUGAUAAUGGAGCAAAAUUUGGCAGUAGUAAUGGUACUUCAGGGGAAGCAAACAUGCCUCACAGGCAACCAACUUUAGGAGAGAUGACUUUGGAGGAGUUUCUGGUCAGAGCAGGGAUAGUGAGAGAAGAUGCUCAAGAAAUUGGAAGGCCUUCUAUUACUAAUGGAAGUAACAAUAAUGCUAAUGCUUUAGCUUUUGAAUUCCAACAGCCAAGUCGAAACAAUGGAUUCGUAGAUAAUCAACUGGCCACGAUGACUAAUCCUACUACUAACCGGCCUUUAAAUUUGCCAAUGAACAAUGGUGGAGUCAGAUCUUCUCAACAAGUACAAAUGCAGCAGCAACAACAACAACAACAGUUGACGCCCCAACAACGGCAGCAGCCACUCUAUCCCAAGCCUGCAACCUUGGCCUUUGCCCCACCAAUUCAUUUGGUAAGCAAUGCUCAGCUCACCAGCCCAACAACUAGGGAAAACAUAGUUGGGGUUGGUGAGCCAGCUGUGAGUUCUGCUUUAGUCCAAGCUAGGGGUUUACAACAAGGUAGAGGAGGGAUUAGCAGCAUGGCUAAUGUUGGUGCUGCCACAGGUGUCACAGUCGGGUCUAGGUCUCCUGCAAAUCACAUCUCCUCAAAUGUAGUUGCAAAGGCUAAUGCAGUGGAUUCAUCACCAUCCGUGUCACCAGUUCCUUAUAUGUUCAGUCGGGGAGGCAAGUGCGGCCCAGGUUUGGAGAAAGUUAUUGAAAGAAGGCAUAGGAGAAUGAUCAAAAACCGUGAGUCAGCUGCAAGAUCUCGCGCUCGUAAGCAGGCAUAUACCUUGGAAUUGGAAGCAGAGAUUGCAAAACUUAAGGAAGUGAAUGAAGAGCUACUGAAAAAACAGGAAGAGUUUAUGGAAAUGCAGAAAGUUCAGAUUUUGGAGACAAUGAAUGGAUGGGGAAGUAAAAGGCAAUGCUUGAGGAGGACAUUGACAGGUCCUUGGUAAAAGUGAUGAGUGAGUCGGACUAUGCAAAAUAUCUCCAUGAUCUGAAUUUCAGUGUUGUAUCAAAAAGUUAGAUGGGCUUAGUUUAUAGGCUGUAAAUUAUAAGCUAAGGUUAGUUUAUCAUGUAGAUUAUUAAACUUUUGAUGAACCCGUGUGGUUUUUGUUUGGUUUUCAUUUGAUAGCUUAAAGCUUUGUACAUUUUCUUUUUUCCUGUCGAAUAAGUUUUCAUUGACCAAAAUUAUAUUUAUGUCAUCUCCGACAGGCUUUAUUUGUUUA